AUUGGAUUGUAAAACGCCACGUGCUCGUCUACAAUUUCAAACCCAGUGCAAUUGGCUUUUACUACGGCUGUAGCCCAACAAGAUAUAAAGAAGCGUAUCGAGUCACUUUGUAAAGGAGAAAGACGGCUAGAGUAUCAUGGCAUCUCUAAAGGGCUUUGAUGUUGACGCCCCACGGUGGGACCAGUCCACGUUCAUGGGCCGACUCAAACACUUUUUCAACAUCACUGACUUUCGCACUGUUCUGCUGCCUGACUCCAGUCUAGAUGAAGCCAAAGCUUUAGUGGAGAGCUGCAGAGCUGGCUCUAUCCCUCCAGGUACGACUGAGGAGCAGCUACACUAUGCCAAAAAACUGUUUGACUCUGCAUUUCACCCCGACACCGGUGACAGGAUGAACCUGAUAGGGAGAAUGUCGUUCCAGGUGCCUGGAGGUAUGGCCAUCACAGGCUUCAUGCUACAGUUCUACAGGACGGUGCCCGCUGUAGUGUUCUGGCAGUGGGUGAACCAGUCUUUUAAUGCCCUGGUCAACUACACCAAUCGCAAUGCUGCUUCCCCCAUCACUCCAAAGCAGAUUGGAGUAGCAUAUGUAACAGCAACAAGCACUGCACUGGCCACUGCAGUGGGGCUGAAUCUGUACACAAAGAAAGCUCCUCCUCUGGUGGCUCGCUGGGUGCCAUUUGCUGCUGUGGCUUCCGCUAACUGUGUGAACAUUCCUAUGAUGCGACAACAGGAGAUUUUGAAUGGCAUUGCUGUUACAGAUGAAGAUGGAAAUAAUCUGGGUAACUCAAGGAAAGCAGCUGUAAAGGGCAUCACACAGGUGGUCAUCUCUCGAGUUACCAUGGCAGCGCCAGGCAUGAUCAUACUGCCCAUUGUUAUGCAGAGGCUGGAAAAAUACAAAUUCAUGCAGAAAAUACAGUUUCUUCAUGGGCCACUUCAAGUCAUGAUGGUUGGCGUAUUUCUGAUCUUCAUGGUGCCUGCAGCGUGUUCACUGUUUCCUCAGAGAUGUUCCAUUGCUGUAUCCAAGCUGGAACCUGAGCUCAGAGAUUCCAUCAUCUCUCAAUAUGGGGACCGUGUCAGUUUUGUGUACUUCAACAAGGGCCUGUGAGUGCUGGCCAAUCAGACUAUUCCAUACAGACUCUAUGCACAUGUCGAUGGCCAAUCAGACCCUUUUAUGACAACUUUUUCAAAAGAAAACACCCAAAAAAACUAAUAAGAAGUACCUUGUAGAGGAUGUGACUGUUGCAUAGAAUAUUCAAUUCUAUACAAUAUACAGUUUGUGGAUGUAAUAAAAUUUUUUUUUUUUUAGACUUUUUGAUUACGAGGUUUAUUUUUAUGUCCUGGUAAGAAACAUUUAUGGAUAUGUUUUAUAAUUGGUCCUGAUGACUGCCGCUUCUGCUGCCAAAAAAAAAGAAAUUGUAACAAAAUGUUCAGAAAUCUCUGUUACACCUUCCUGUUGGUUAUACACUGAAUAAUUAAGAUCAGAUUUUAAUGUCUAGAGAACUAUGAACUAUGUUUCUAAGAGGCCAAUGUGGAAGUCCGACUUUUUUAAAUAUUUUACUGCUUUUCUCAGGAAUGGUUUAUUUUAGAAGAUUAAUGCAUUUAUUUUUCACUACAGCCCUCGUUGAAAUAAUUGGAAAUACUUUUAUCAGUUUUUCUUAAAUGGAUAGUUUACCCCAAAAUGAAAUUUCUCUCAUCAUCAUGCCAUCCCAGAUAACAUUUGUUCUGCUUAACACAAAUGAGGAUUUUUAGAAAAAUAUCUCUUUAGUUCCAUUCAAUGCAAGUGAAUGGUGGCCUGAAUAAAGACAACAUAAAAGUUAUCCUAAAGAAUCCAGAGGUUAAAUCCAUAUCUUUAAAAAUGAUACAAUAGGUGUGGGUGAGAAACAGAUCAAUAUUUAAGACCUUUUUUACUAUAAAUUUCCACUGUCACAUUCUUAAGUUUUUGGAGAUAAGGACUUAAAUAUUUAUCUGUUUCUCAACCAUAUUUAUCAUAUCACUUCUGAAGAUAUAGAUUUAACCACUGGAGUCAUAUGGAUUAUUUUUAUGCUGUCUUUAUGUGCUUUUUGGAGCUUCACAGUUCUGGCCACCAUUCAUUUGCAUUGUAUGGACCUACAGAGCUGAAAUAUUCUUCUAAAAAUCUUCGUUUGUGUUCAACAGAAGAAGAAAGUCAAACACAUCUGGGAUGGCAUGAGGAUGAGUAAAUGAUGACAGAAUUUUCAUUUUUUGGGUGAACUAUCCUUUUAUACUGGCUGUAUAUUCCUGAAUGACAGGUCAGUUUACAGUUGUUUAAAAUACCAAUUACAUAAAGUGGUGGCAUAUAAACGGUUCAUGAAAUGUCAGUUUUGAGGAGAUUUUCACAGUUGCAAUGCACCUUAAAUGCAAAAACCAUCUUUAGGAUGCUGUUCAAUCUCUACUUUGCCCUCACUAUGAACUUUGUUCUGAGUUAUGUACUUGUUUUCAUCAUUAUGAGAUGAUGAAAUAAACAGACAGCUGUCGAAAUAAACCCCUAGUCUGUGUAGACCAAAGUAGACUUUUUGUUUAUUUUAUGAACGACUUUAAUGCUGUCAGUAUUCAUUCCUCCCACAUGAGGGCAGUAUCUGAUUAUUUUAAAUUUGAGAAAAAACAUGAGCACUCUUGUUAAGUUAAAUACUCAGUUUCAGUCACAUAUUGACUUGAAUGUGCUAAAACAUAAUCCAACAUUGUCAUAAGACACUUAUUUUUGGGUUGCACAAAGUUUUUCCAUUUGUAAUCAUUCUAAAUAAACUAAUAAAUAAACAGAUGACAGAUGUGCUAGAUAAUAUAGAGAACAUUCAAGACAUAUCGCACACGUUGAAGCCAUCUGUUUGCCUGGUGUCUGAGACAGACUGCUUCUAUUGUACUGAUAAAUGAAAGCUGUCUGCACCUGUAAACUGUUUCUCUUCAUAGAUUAAUUUGGGGUCAAGCCUCGAAGAGGCUGUAGCCCUAUAGCAUCCAUUAGUUUUCUAUAUUAUUAAUAAUAUUCUUUUGGCUGGGAGCAGCCCAUAGGACUGCAUGUAGGAAAAUUAUGAAAUUUGACACUCUGAUACGGGUGGUCAUGAAUAACCCCCCAUACCAAAUUUGGGGUAUCUAGGACAUACUCAAAAGAUCCACCACCAUGCCAAAAUGUAACUUUUCUUUUGGGAUAUCUUUUGAACCAUUUGUCCUAGAGACAUAAUUGUUUUUUGGCUGAUUACUCUCCUCCUGAUGAUUCCAAUGGACUCCACCCAUUACAGUGGCCGCCAUCUUGGAUUAUUAUGUUAACAGUUUAAACCUUUUACAUCCUUUAAACUUGGUGUAAUUUUCCUAAACAAUGGCUCAAAAUAAUGCACUUCAUGUUGAUUUUUGCAGUUGUCGAAAAGUUACAGCAUCGACUUGAUAGGAUUUGUUCAGGUCAACUUGAAAUAGGAUUUAAGGCAAAAUCUCGGCAACCCUUUGUCCUAAACGAAACUUGGUAUGCUUCAUCGGGACCAUGAUCUGAGGGUUUGGAGACAGCAAUACCUAUGGGUAGAGAAAUGUGAAAAUGUUUUUUUUUUUUUUUUGCCCAUAACCUUUUAACCAUAUGUCCUAAAAUCAAGUUAAUCAAGUUUUUAUUAGACUUCUUGGGUCUUGAGGAUUUCAAUGAUACCAAAUGUUCCCAUAUCGGCCAUACUGCCACUGCCAUUUUGAAUUAUAAUAGACUUUUUUUAUAUAUCUUUUGAAUGCAUUGUCAGAUUUGAAAGAAAAUUGGUAUGCUUCAUCAACAUCAUGUCCUGAGGAUACCUGAGAAAUUUGAAGACAGCGCCACAUAGUGGUCAAAAUGCUUAUUCAAUAUUAGCUAAAUGUUUGGUGUAUUAUUGCGUCCUUACUCUUUACUGUUUUCAGAAAAUGCAGAGAGAAAUGUCAAUGUAUUUAUUGACUGAUUUUUUUAUUUAAACUACUCUGAGCUUGGUAUGUCUAUUUAGCACUUCUACAGCUUGUGGCUUCAUAGCGUUGUGGUCUGUGCAACAUAUGUGUGUGGUCUGGCGAAGAAAGUGUGCUGGUUCAAGUCUGAACUUUGGGCAAGAUGAAAACAGUUUUGAACUUUGUAUCAAGACUUUCUUUCAGUUGUGUUUGA